AUUAAAUUAGCAUAAUACGACAUAUUGUUCCGUUACAUAGGAAAGUUAAUGAAGGAAAGGUUACAAGGCGGCAUCCGGGAAAAUUUGACGUACAUCCUCUAAUAACGGAAUUCAUUAAAUAAAUUUGAAUUACAUACUUAAAAAACAUCAGAAGCUUAACAACACAUCAUAAUGAGGUAACAAUAAUCUAUAAAUAGUAAGCGUUGCAUUGCAAUGGUUAUUUGAGGUGGUGUCUUCGUGCAGAGUGGUAUUUCACUUAAGUAGCAGAAUUAUUUUUCUUAGCCGAACUCGCACGAUAUUACAGUGAUACUACCAAUAUCAAGAUCAGAUUAUCCGAGAAAAUAAUCGAAACCAUGGAUGAUAAAGAAUCAUAUAAAUCGUGGGACGGUAUUGACUCCGGCGAGGAAAUUGUUAUUUCUGGUAUAGCUGGUAGAUUUCCAGAUUCAGAUAAUAUGAAUCAGUUACGAGAAAAUUUAUUUAAUAAACUUGAACUUGUUAGAGCAGAUCAUGGGCGAUGGUUGACAGAAAAACCGGAUCUACCAAGCCGUAUGGGAGUAAUUAAUAACGUUAAAAAGUUUGACGCGGAUUUCUUCGACUUUUCUUUUGAGCAAGCGCAAACACUUGCACCUGAAAUAAGAGCAUUAUUGGAACAUUCUUAUGAAGCAAUUAUUGAUGCGGGGAUCAAUCCAAAGCAAUUGCGAGGAAAAAAUACCGCCGUGAUCAUAGGGAACUCCUUCUGUGAAACGCAAGUUAACUUGAUGUAUACGGAUCUUAAGCUAAAUGGUCUGAAUAUUACUGGAUGUUCAAAAUCUUCACUGGCAAACAUGAUUUCGCACCAUUUUGACCUGACAGGACCAUCACAAGUAGUCGAUACAGCCUGCAGCUCUAGUCUUUAUGCCCUAAACGUUGGUUACCGUAAUAUCAUGUCGGGCCAAUGUGAAGACGCGAUAAUUGGAGCUGCACAACUAAAUAUUAAUUCACUUAUACAUAUGCAAUUCUCUCGUCUUGGUGUUUUGUCACUCAAUAGUGAGUGCAGACCUUUCGAUAAAGCUGCAAACGGUUAUGUACGUAGCGAAACGGUGUCAGUGAUAUAUCUUCAAAAAGCAAAGAAUGCGAAAAGGAUUUACGUUAUAAUUCCCCAUAUUAAAACAAACUCCGAUGGUUAUAAAGAAGAAGGAGUAACAUACCCAUCGACCCAUAUUCAAACUGCUUUGCUAUCCGAAUUUUAUGAUGAGUGCGGAAUACCGACAUCUUGCGUGGAUUACAUUGAAGCACAUGGUACUGCUACCAAAGUCGGCGAUCCUCAGGAAGUCAAUGCUCUUCAUAACGUUUUUUGUAAGAAUAGAGAAACUCCUUUAAUGAUUGGCUCCGUAAAAUCCAAUCUUGGUCAUGCUGAAGCUGCAAGUGGUUUAACUCAACUUGCUAAGGUAAUAAUUGCAUUUGAAACCGGUAUUGUUCCACCACAUAUCAAUUAUACAUCACCACGAGAUGAUAUAGACAGCAUAAAAAAUGGAGCUAUCUGUGUCGUUACAAGUCCAAUGCCACUUAAAAAUGGUUACAUAGGUAUUAAUUCUUUCGGUUUCGGGGGAGCUAAUGCUCACAUGUUAGUAAAGUGGAACCCCAAACAAAAAGUUGACAAUAAUGCGCCUAAUGAUGACCUGCCAAGACUUGUAAUAUUAUCUGGAUGCACUGAAGACGCAGUAAACUUGUUCUUAAACGAUGCUGCUAAUCAUCCGAAAAAUAUAGAAUAUAUCCGGUUACUGCAUGAUAUUCAUGCGGAUAAUAUAGACGGUCACUCGUGGAGAGGAUUUACCAUAUUAAAUACUUUGCGACAAGAUUCAAUAAAGGAAAUUCAAAAUUUUGAAAAUGUGAAGAGACCUGUUUGGUUUAUAUUUUCUGCUUUAGGCUCGCAAUGGCCAGGAAUGGGUCAAAACUUAUUAAAAUUGCAUGUCUUUGCAAAUACUAUAAAAAUGUGCGAUGUUGCUUUAAAACCAUAUGGUAUAAGCGUCACGAAUAUUUUGACAACAACAGACGAAAAAGUGUGCAAAGACGCAUUAAACGCAUUUGUUGGGAUUGUUGCUAUUCAGAUUGGUAUAGUAGAACUUUUAACAUUAUUAGGAAUUAUUCCGGAUUAUAUGAUUAGUCACUCUGCUGGUGAACUUGGUUGUGCGUACGCGGAUGGAUGUCUUACUAUUGAACAAGCUAUUUUAGCAGCAUAUUUUAUUGGUUUGUCGUGUAUCGAAGAAACAAUCAUUCGCAGUUCUACGGCAAUUAUCAAUCUCAAUUACGAGUGUCUCGAAAGCAUAUGUCCAGUAGAUAUUGAAAUAAUAUGUCGUAAUAGCGAGAAUAGUAACAUUGUGAGUGGGCCCUCAAAAUCCAUACGAGAAUUUAUGAACAAACUACAGGUAUAA